AUGCUUAUGUACAAUUUAUACAUUAUUCGAUCCAUUUUGAGAAGCCUUUCAGUACGUGCAACUAUUUUCCCACUACUGUCAUUUAACGGGAAUAACUUCAGCUGGAAGAAGCAAGUGGAUCCUGAUACCCACCAACCAGUUUGA